AUGGUGGCGAGGAUCACUGGUCUUAUUGAUAAGUGGAUGCAGAACGGAUCCAACUGGACCGUUUCUCGAGUGAGACAGCUGGAUGUAUCGACAGCAAAGUACACUCCUCUUCGAGGUGGUGCAGCUGCUAUCCCGCCGAAAUUAGAAAAAAAGAAGGCCAUCAUUAACAUAAAGAACAACGAUGACAGGUGUUUGAUGUGGGCGUUGUUGUCAGCGCUGCACCCCGUCGAACAGAAUGCUGAGCAUGCAUCCAAGUACACCCAGUAUGUGGAGGAUCUGCGGUUCGACGGUGUAAUGUUCCCUGCAACGCUCCGUGAUGUAUCCAAAGUGGAGAUACAGAAUGGUCUUGCAAUCAAUGUGUUUGGGUACGAGGGGAAUCUGUACCCACUCUAUCUCAGCGAGCGACAGGAGACUCCAAUCAACCUCCUUCUACAUGACAACCACUUCACAUGGAUAAAAAACUUCAGUCGUGCAUGUGAGAAUAAGAACAAGCGGGCAACACACUACUGCUUGCGAUGCCUCUCCGCACACAAAACAGCAGACUCCCUGCAGCAUCACAGCGAGAGAUGUCAGGUGAUGAAGCCCGUGCCAGUCGUCAUGCCCACAGCAAAGGACAGCAUCCUCAAAUAUACAAAUUUGAAGCACAGGAUGGUGGCUCCAUAUAUCAUUUACGCUGAUACGGAGGCCAUCAUUGAGCCGAUGGAGGAACAGCAUGGCAGCAGCACUGUACGCACAGCCCGUCAUGUACCAUGCAGCAUCAGAUAUGCUGCCAUCCGAUCCAACGGUGAAGUCCGUGGCGAGUUUGGCGACUGCAGUGAGAAUGCCAUUCACAACUUUUUCGACAGUCUCAAAGAGUUGGAAGGCAGUAUCCAGGAGGAUUUGGCUGAUAUCAAGCCAAUUCGCAUGACGGCAGAACUGGAGCUUGAGUUUCAGAACGCAGUCAACUGCUGGAUAUGUGAUGAAGUACUUGGAGAAGAUCGUGUUCGUGAUCAUGAUCAUCUCACUGGUAAGUAUUAUAAUUUUUUGUUUAUUUUUGUUGUUUUGCAGUUGUGUGUAGAUAUGCGCAUGAUGUGUAUAGUGCAUUUUCAUGUCUUUGUAGCUGUUUGCAUCUGUGUUUUAUCAUGGUGUAUUGAAUUGUAUUGUCUGUGGUAUCACCUUCACUGUAGAUGUUUACUAUGUUUGUGUAUUCCCCUCUUUCUGAAUAUCUGCACAGACAACUACCGUGGUGCUGCACACUACCAGUGUAAUAUUCAGCUAAGUAUCUACCCAGAUCGCCAGAUCAUUCCGGUUGUGUUUCACAACCUGAAAGGGUACAAUGCUCACCACCUCAUCGCCCACAUUGGUAUGACCGAGGUUGAAGAGGUGGAGUACGAGGACUCUAACCAGCGUAAGCGGAUUAAGAAGGUUGGUGAGAUCAGUGUCAUCGCCAACAACAUGGAGAAAUAUAUUUCAUUCAAGUGGCGUCAGUACCGCUUCAUCGACUCCAUGGCCUUCUUGAACUCCUCUCUUGACUCGUUGGUGAGCAACAUCCCGGAAGAUGCGCUCAAGCUUACUCGUACAUUGGCCCAUCAUGACCUUCUCCUGCGUAAGGGUGUCUACCCCUACGAGUACAUGGACUCCUUUGCUCGGUUUGAUGAGACACAGCUGCCACCUAAAUCAGCAUUUGAGUCUAGUUUGACUGGAGAAGGUAUCAGUGAUGCCGACUAUGCCCAUGCUCAGAACGUAUGGCAGACAUUUGAGUGCAGUACAAUGGAGGCCUAUCAUGACCUCUAUUUGCAAACAGAUGUCUAUCUUCUAGCAGAAGUCUUUGAGCAUUUCUGCAAGACGGCAUACAAGACGUAUGGGUUGAAUCCAGCCCAUUACCUUACUCUCCCAGGAUAUGCAUGGGAUGCUCUACUACGGUUCACCCCGAUUGAACUGCAGCUGCUCACGGAUGUAGACAUGCAUCUGUUUGUCGAAGCCGGUCUACGUGGGGGCAUCUCAAUGGCGUCGCAGCGGUACGGCAAGGCCAACAACCCAACGAUGGAUCAGUACAAUUCUGCCGAGCCCACAUCAUACCUGCUAUACCUUGAUGCCAACAACCUGUAUGGCUGGGCUAUGUGCCAGAGUAUGCCGACAUCCGAGUUUGCCUGGUGUGACAAGAACCUGUCCGAGAUACUGGCACACCCUGUAGAUUCGAGCACUGGGUUCAUUGUGGAGUGUGAUCUUGAGGUACCCUCUUUGCUGCACCACUACUUCAAUGAUUAUCCACUCGCACCGGAAGUGAUGAGAACAUUCUCAGAUAAGCUAUCACCAUACCAACAAGCACUUGUGGAGGAGCUCAAAGUGUCAGCCGUAGAUGGAGUCAAGUUGACACCCAGUCUCCUACCCAAGUCCAAGUAUGUGUUACACUACUGUACACUGCAGCUGUAUUCGCGUCUGGGCAUGAUGGUGACCGCUGUUUACAAGGUGUUGGGAUUUCAGCAGAGUGCCUGGAUGGCCCCCUACAUCAAUCUGAACACUGCACUUCGCACGAGGGCUACAACCGACUUUGAGAAGAGCUUUUACAAGGAGCAGUACGGUAGCAGAAUCCGGCUGUUGUACACCGACACCGACUCUGUUAUUGUGCACAUAACCACCGGUGAUGUUUAUGCAGAGAUGGAUCUGUCUCUGUAUGACACCAGCAACUUUCCCACUGACCAUCCUCAGUACACUUCUGUCAAUAAGAAAGUGGUUGGCAAAUUCAAACAUGAGCUUGGUGGGAAAUCCAUGGUGGAGUUUGUAGGUCUAAGAUCGAAGAUGUACUCCUACAUCGGGCAGGAAUCGGCCAAACGGGCCAAGGGUGUGCGGAAGGCAGUCCUGGCAAAUACCAUCACCCACAAGGACUAUGUAGAUGCACUGCUCAGUCAUCGUGUGUCUGCCAGGCCUAUGACGGGUCUCCGAUCACAUUGCCACACAGUGUAUGAGGAGGUAACCACCAAGGUGGCAUUGUCUCCAUUCGACUGCAAGCGGUAUAUACUGGAUGAUGGCAUGGCCACACUUGCAUAUGGUCACAAGGACAUUUAA